AUGUUAUAUUACAAGAUUACAGUUACUAUUGCACUAGUAGCCUUGAAUGCAGAGGCGAGAUAUUAUGGUGCCACGACACCUGACUAUUUAAAGUGUAGGUACGGCCGUUACCAGGCCGAUCUCGGCAAUGACCAGCUGUGCAAUCCAUGGAGGCCAUCUUGUGCUGAGGGAUAUAACUGUCAAGGAGGUCCUGCAGACCAACCAGGACCUUGCUGUAAAGCUGUUAACCCAUGUAAAGUUGGGGAACCUUAUUCAAGAGACGGGGAUGCUCCUAACUGUUUGAAGAAUAAUGGACUGACCCGCUGUCCUAAUGGGUACGCAUGCGUCGGGACAAAGGAAACAUCCUCCGUGUGCUGUAAAGGUUGUACAUAUGAAGGAAAAACUUAUUUUCCAUCUGAAAAAUUUUACAAUAAAUUUGGUGAACAUUGCACCUGUGGAUCUAAUGGACAAGUGACUUGUUUAAAGAAAUUACCUUGCAAUUAUGGAGGCCGAACGUAUACAUACGGUGAACCAAAGUUUCCCAAAGGCGAUGGAUGUAAUGUUUGCACAUGUCUGAAGGAUGGAACAGUGUCUUGUACCAAUGAUCCUUGCUAUUGCAAAUUUAAGAACGUAAAGUACCAAAUCGGACAACAGUUCAAAGAUGGUUGCAAGACAUGUACUUGUACUACAACUGGAGAAGUAACCUGUUCCGAUAAAUACUGCCCUGUGCCUUGUCAUUAUGGAGGCAAAUCAUAUAAUUACGGAGAGCCAGAGUUCCCCAAAGGCGAUGGAUGUAAUGUUUGCACAUGUCUAAAGGAUGGAACAGUUUCUUGCACCAAUGAUCCUUGCUAUUGCAAAUACAAGAAUAUCAAGUACGCAAUUGGACAAAAAUUUGACGAUGGCUGCAAAAAAUGUGUUUGUACCAAGACUGGAGACGUGACAUGUACAGAUAAAUAUUGCCCAGUGCCAUGCCAUUAUGGAGGUCAGACAUAUACAUACGGAGGACCCAAGUUCCCAAAAGGCGAUGGAUGUAAUGUUUGCACAUGUCUGAAAGAUGGAACAGUGUCUUGUACCAAUAAUCCUUGUUAUUGCAAGUAUAAAAACUCCAAGUACAACAUUGGCCAAGAGUUUAAUGAUGGGUGUAAAAAAUGUACUUGUACGAAAACAGGAGAAGUCACAUGCACGGAUAAGUAUUGUCCUGUACCUUGUCAUUAUGGAGGACAUUCAUAUACAUACGGAGAUCCAAAGUUCCCUAAAGGCGAUGGAUGUAAUGUUUGCACAUGUCUGAAGGAUGGAACAGUGUCCUGUACCAAUGACCCUUGCUAUUGCAAAUAUAAGAAUAUCAAGUACGCAAUCGGACAAAAGUUUGACGAUGGUUGCAAAAAAUGUGUUUGCACAAAGACUGGAGAAGUGACAUGUACAGAUAAAUAUUGCCCAGUACCUUGUCAUUAUGGAGGUCAGACAUAUACAUACGGAGAACCAAAGUUCCCUAAAGGAGAUGGAUGUAAUGUUUGUACAUGUCUAAAGGAUGGAACAGUCUCUUGUACCAGUGAUCCUUGCUAUUGCAAAUAUAAAAAUAUCAAAUACAAAAUCGGGCAAAAGUUUGAUGAUGGUUGCAAAAAAUGUAUCUGCACUAAGACCGGAGAUGUGACAUGUACAGAUAAAUAUUGUCCAGUACCUUGUCAAUAUGGAGGCAAUUCAUACACAUACGGAGGACCCAAAUUCCCCAAAGGCGAUGGAUGUAAUUUUUGCACAUGUCUGGAGGAUGGAACAGUGUCUUGUACCAAUGAUCCUUGCUAUUGUACAUACAAGAAAAUCAAGUACAACAUUGGUCAAAAAUUUAAAGAUGGAUGUCAAUCAUGUACUUGUACGAAAACUGGAGAUGUUGCGUGCACAGAUGAAUAUUGCCCUGUGUACUGUUACUACAAUGGUCAAAAAUACUCUUCUGGUGAGACGUUCCCAGCAACUGAUGGAUGUAAUCAGUGCACGUGUCAGCAGAAUGGGCAAGUUAGUUGCGGGAAAAAAGCAUGCAACACUUAUCCAACAAAAGUGUACUGUAUGUAUAACUACGUGAAGUAUUCUGCGGGAGAGACCUUCCCAUCCAAAGAUGGUUGUAAUCAGUGCACCUGUCUAGCAAACCGCAAGGUGUCAUGUGGUAAUAAAUCUUGUCAAUCCUAUCCAGACGAACCAAAUGCUUUACCCUCUUUAAGAUGUCGUUUUGGUAAAUACUACAAAGACGUGGGGAAUCAACCAAACUGUAACCUUCUGGGUGUUUCCUGUCCUGAACACGACUUCUUCUGUAAUGGAGACACAGAAACACAAAAUGGAUUCUGUUGUAAAAAGGAUAACCCAUGUAGAACGGGAAAUCCUUAUAAUGUAAGGGGUGAUGCUCCUGCGUGCCUUGGCGGGGAUUUCCGGUGCCCAGUUGGUUAUGCUUGUGUUGGGACUGCUUAUACGUCAUCAGUGUGUUGCCCAGUAUCAGGUAUUCCGGGAGGUAUUCCAGGCGGUAUCCCACCAAAUCCCGUCCUGGAAUGCGUGGCCGACGGCAGAACUUAUCAGCCAGGACAGGUCUUUACAAACAUUCAAGGAGAUCGUUGUAUUUGUCAACGGUCUGGUAUAGCUCGGUGUGGAGGCAAUAACCCCCUUCCGCUUCCUCCUUCUUCUUCAUUCUGUACUUACGUGCCAUUGGGCAGACAGUAUACCCCGGGACAGAGAUUUGUAGGAGAAGAUGGAUGCAAUGAAUGCUGGUGUGAACGUAAUGGAAGAAUCAGAUGUACUUCCGACAGUCCCUGUCACGGCCCAGCUGAUCAUGGGCAUGGUUCUCAUCCACCGGGACAACUGUAUUGUACCUACGAGGGGAAUCAUUAUGGUCCAAGACAAACUUUUACGUCCCCUGAUGGUUGCCAACAGUGUACAUGCGGGAGAGAUGGAAAUGCUGUAUGUAACCCUCGCCCAUGUAUCCGUAUUCCCGGUAAUAUCGGUAAUAUUCCACGUAUUCCAGAUAUCCCACGUAUUCCGGAUCUCCCGAGUCGUCCAGAUCAUGGUCAUGGGCAUGGGCAUGGACACAGUCAUAAAUCAACAUUUUCUUAUCUGUGUUCAAACGGGACUAACAAUCAACCAAACAUGCUUGCUUUUAGCGUUGUUAUCACAUUUACCAUUGCUAGUCUUGUUCAAGCAAGAACUUAUUAUCCCCAGACACCUGAAUACCUUAGGUGUCGUUACGGUAAAUAUUACAAAAAUGUCGGCCAACCUCCGUCCUGUAACCCGUUCGGCCAGUCCUGUCCCCCGCCCUACUUUUGUAGCGCAGGUCCAGCUGAUGAACCAGGGUACUGCUGUAAAACUGAAAACCCUUGCAAAGCUGGGAAUCCUUACACACGCAACGGUGACGCCCCUAACUGUCUAGGGAUAAACGCUGUUAGCUGUCCACGAGGAUAUACCUGUGUAGGGUCAAGGACAUCGUAUUCUGUGUGCUGUAAAGGCUGUACCUACAGGGGGGAAUCAUAUUUUCCUAGUGCUACCUUUUAUAAUAGUGAAGGGCAGCAAUGCACUUGUGGUCAGGAUGGCCAAGUCAGUUGCACAUACCCAGUCACGUGUCAUUACAAAGGUCAGGUAUACAAAUCAGGGCAGACAUUUAAGGAUGAUUGUAACACAUGUACUUGUGGAAGUAACGGCAGUGUAGUAUGUACUAAGAUAGGUUGCCAAAAGUACUGUUAUUAUAAUGGUCAAAGGUACUCACCAGGACAGCAAUUUCCUGCCAGGGAUGGGUGUAAUACUUGUACUUGUGAGAGUACUGGUGGAGUAUCAUGCACAGAAAUCGGAUGCAAUCCAGGUGGAUAUGUUGGGUGAUUUUCAUCUUCUGAUGUCAGAAAGGUUUCAAUUGUACCGUUUAUCUUAAUAAUGUUAAAAAUCGCUUGUAUCCGUUUGUACAAAUCUUUGUUUUAUUAAAGUUUUGUGAAAUUUU